AAGCAUUUAUAGACUUACAGAAAAAAAGAUGUGUGAUGCAUCCUUUUCUCCUUAGAUGGCAGAGGAAACAGGCAUCACCCUCGUAAUUUGAAAGAUGUGCUUCAGAUGGCUGUGGAGGCCGGUUCUGCUUCUGAAGAUCCUGCUCCACGAGAACCCAUGACGCAAGAGCUUGGAAAAACUCACAACACUCCUUCUAAACAAGGAUGGAGUUUCUGAGAGGAGCUCUUGCGGAAGUGUGUAAAGGACAGAUGGAUGAGGUCGAGCAGAUGAAACGCUGUUUGGAAGUGCUGUGUAGAGAUGAAUGCAAGGAGAGAGGGAGCAAGGAGGAGGGAGAGGAGGCGCUGGAAAUGCUUUCUGAGCUCUGUGAGAACUUGGACAAUGCAAGAGAUCUGAUGAAGCUGGGCGGUCUGGAUUUGUGUAUGUCGCGGUGUCUCUGUCACUCCGAGGCUGGGAUUCGAUGGAGGGCGGCUCAGCUAAUUGCCAGCUGUGCCCAGAACAUGCCAGAGGUGCAGUUCUACCUGCUCAACCAGGGGGCGCUGCUGACGCUCCUGCAACUCACAGAUCAUGACGCAAACAGCACUGUUAGAGUUAAAGCACUCUACGCAGUGUCCUGUUUAGUCCGGGAACAGGAAGCAGGUCUGCGGGACUUCCUGUCACAUGAUGGCUUUUCUGUGCUGAUGAGGGGGAUGCAGUCAGACAAUGAGAAACUGAGAACUAAAUCAGCCUUCCUUCUGUUAAACCUUCUGACCAGUCAUCCAGAACACAAAGGUAGUGCUGAUUCUGGUCUGUUAGACCAUCUAGAGUCGAGUUUGUAUGAGUUACAGUUUCCAUCACCCUGUUUUUAUGCACAUUUUGACGUAUUGUGUCAGAAAUGAGUGAUGGAAAUGUUGAAAAAAAAAAAAAAAUCCCUUAAUUCACAAUAAAAGUUUUUACACUCACUUGAGGUGGUUUUUGAGUUGUGCGGUAAAAGAGUCAAUGUGAAAACUCUAGGGCUGGUCCGAAUACCAUUUUUUUUUUUGAGGUUUAAAGCUUCGGUAGUAAUCAACACCGAAUAUUUGAAGCUUCAGAGGGUGGGGGCUGAACAUAUUCUUCUCUCUAACACCAGCGGACGCAAGAUGCUUUCGCGAUGAAAUACAAUAGAACAUAUACUGUCUAUACUGGAUGCGGCGUGGCUGACAAAUUUCAGACAGUAAACUGCUGCUUUGUUCUAUUUAUGACGUACUGACACAAAUUUAAAAUGAUUUUCAAUGGUCGCUUUGUCGUGUCCCUAGACAGACUUUAACGGCCCAUUCACACAGGGAGCUGCGUCAACGCCUCUCGUUUACUUUGAAUGGAGUGACGUCAAGCGUUGGUGAAAUGAAUUGUGGGUCCGUCGCGUCACGUUUGGUCCGUUGCUCAUGGCAGAAGUUGAAAACUUUUCAAGCGCCAUUGCAGGCAUCCUCCAAUCAGAUCGCCUCAUGCAAAUACCCUAGCGCAGACGCUAGCCAAUCGUGUUCAUGCAACUCUGGAAAACUAAUGUGAUUGGCUGUUGUCACUAUGAUGGUCGCAUUAGCACCAAGCUUCAGAAACGCCCUCCAUCAAGAGUUAACGCUGGCGCCCCAUUUGAA